UUUCUAUUUAAGAUAUAUUUAAUGUCACUAAUGUGAAAUAUCCAAUAUCAGUAAUGUGCACAUUAACCAAAACGAAUACCUACGUUAAAAUGUGAAAAGUUGAUUUGAUUUAUUAUUUUUUAUUUAUUUGUUUAUACACCCGUCUUAAGCUUAUCUAGCUUUACAAAUGUUUACAUACAAUUCUCUUACAAUAUUUUCUAUAUACAUUUCUUAAUACUUAUUACUAAAUAAAUUUUUUUGUAUUCUACAAACUUAGCUGUUUGUGGAGACAAAAAAAUCAAUCUGCAGAUAUUGCAAGAGAUACUGUGGAUGACACAGGAAAUUUUUUUUUCGUGUUAGGCUCAAUUCCAGAUCAAUUUGUUUCUUAUUCCCUUUGACCCGAUCUUUCUAUGGCUCCUUUAACCAAGCACGGCAUUAAACACUAUAGGCUACGGCAUUCCCAGACAAGUUUCGAUUCUAUUGUGGAAUUGUGUUGUAACAAGGCAUUUGUUACUGGGAUAAUAGCGGGUUGUCUUUGACGGAAAAGUCAAUGUGUUGGUUGGUAUCUCUUUCUUAAAUUUCCAAAGUUGAUUUUGAUUCUGGUUGCGGCUCACUGUAUGUGAUGAGAAUUGACGAAUUUCCACGAUUGUUAGCGGCCAGGGAUGAAUUUAUUUACAGGUGAUUUACCGUCGUUAGAGUGACAAGGAAGGAUUUAUCAGAUUUGAGUGACCUUAGGACAAGAAUAGGAAAAUCGGCGUCUCAGCUGACCCAGUGAACUAUCAGCAUUAAUUUGAGAUUAUUCACUCGUUUACCGGCGCGUGCUGAAUAUUGUUCGUUCGCGACGCUUAUUCGCUUCUAAUUGUAUUCUCUAGUGGUAAAAUAAAGAAAAGGUGUUAUUUAAUUGUGCGUGUUGUUUGGAUUAUGUUAGCCUCUUCAACAGGGAAACUACAUUUGGCGUCGCUGGCAAAUCGUUUCUAAUUUUCUCUCUAUCUUAGCAUCAUCGGUCGUCUUGGCGGGAAGUUUCACACUUUGAGGAAGUAGUGUCUCGGUGUUAUUGGUUAGUCGAGUUGUUUUUGGGUAAAUAAUCAAGGAAAGCGAAUCAACGAACGGUUUAGAUGCUUAUAUUAAAAAUAUUAUUUUUAAUUAAAUUAACCGGUCGCAGUGUACAUUUAAUUACUUUAUUUUAAACUCUCGUUUUUCUACUUGUUCAAUAAAUAAUACUAUGUCAUAUUGAGAAUUCCUAAUCUCUGUUUUAUUCUCAACAAUGAUCCUUGUUUUUAUGUUGCUCCUCCGACCUAAACCCCCUUAAGGCUGCAUCCAAUGAGCUUAAACAGAAUAUAAUAAAAUUAAGUACACAUUCUUAAUUAUUAUUGAAGAAGAUUAGAUAAUGUGCAUGUUGACGAGUGAGAGCACAUAAUUUUAUUGUUCAAUUUAUUUGUUCAUGUUAAGUGUUUCAGUUUAAUGUUAAUUAUUUUGUGUUCUCGAUUUGUAGAAUAAGUUCCUUUAGUUAGACCUUUACAUUUUCACGUUCGAUUGUUAUAUUGUGACCCGUGGAGAGAGGGAGGGGCCUUUGAGCUCUAAGCAUUGUAUAGAGCGGCGCCCUCUUGCCUGGAGGGAUCGGUGAGGCCGCCAAGCCCCCUCCACUUCCCCUGCUUUUAAUCCUUGUCCCAGAAAUUGAUCGGCCAUUACGGUCGUUAACAGUGCACAUUACCGAUUUUCUGGAUUUUAACGGUGAUAUAUGUAUAUGUUACCGGUUAAAUCCGAAAUUUAGUCAAUUCGCGAAAUGCCUAAACUUUUCAGGAAUUAUCCGAACUUCCUAGAGAUUCAUAGGCAUUUCCCAAAAUGACUAAGCAUUUUGGGAAAUUCACAAGUCGAUUUAGACAAAUUGGAAAGUUAAAGAUAGACGGCCAUGAAUGGAUGUAAACACACUGUUUACAAAAUUUUUAAUUAAUUAUGGAAUUAAUAAAUAGGAGUGACAGAAAUAUAUUCAGCAGUUGUUAGUAAUAAUUCGAGUAAGUAUAAAAUAAUUGUACAAGAAGAAUAUGAUAAAAUCUUAAAAGAUAUGAUGGAAGUAAAUUCAAGUCGAAAAACUAGUCGCCACUAGUUUUUGGACCAUUUAACUUAAAUUUUGGCUACAGAAAGAGUAUAGUUAUCAGAUAUGGGGAUUGAAUUUUUGGUUUUCAUAGAGUGUGAAACUCUCUUUCUUUAAGAAACUUUUGAAUCUCCCUAACUGUACCCCAAACUACGCGGUGAGAAUAGAGACAGGUGCUUCACAUCUUGCUCUGUUAGUUCUCAAAAACACUCUUUCGUGGUUAAAUAAAAUUCUUUUAAUGGAAAACUCUCGAAUUCCAAAAAGGUGUUUAAUGAGAUUAAUAAAUCUGUCAAGAAAGAACCCGAAAAAUAAGUUUAGUUGGAUGACUCAGAUAAAAACCAAGUUUUUUUUAGCCCUGCGGUCUUUCAGAACUUUGGGACAAUUUAGGUCCUACUUCCACUUUUGUAAAUUGCGAUUUUGUUCUUAAGGAAUUUUCUAUUUAUUUGAAAAAUCAUGACCUUGAAAGUCUAAAGCUAUUGAAAAGCCUUGAAAUCUUUCUGUUUCUUUCUUUGCAUGAAGGUACUCAAAAUUAUUUAAAAUUACGUUUGCCUAUUUUCUAUAAAAAAAUGUAUGCACAAUUGAGACUGCUCAAUCGUCAUGUGACAAGAAUUGUUUUUGACCGUAAAAAAUUUGCCUUCUACCUUGAUGCAACUUGCACCACUUAUUAUUUGGAGGAGGAAUCUAUAUUCCAUAAUAUUUUAAUUUUAUGUCCUGCCUGUACGCAUCUAUUUGCUCCUAUUCUUAAUAGUGAAUCUAACAAUUUACCUGAUAUGGAUAAAUGGUUAAAUAUUCUGUCAUCAUCGAAACCAAUUUUAAUUAAAAAGUUUGUCAAUGUGUUUAUUAAAGUUUUAUCUGCUCGGAUAACUGUUUAUGUGUAUCUCUAUUUAUCUUAUUGUUAUUGGCGUGACUUCCUUGUAAUCACAUAUACAUGUGUUGUAAGCAAGAGUAAAUAAAUAAAUUGCAUAAUUAAUUAAAAAUUUUGUAAACAGUGUGUUUACAUCAAUUCAUGGCCUAUCUUCAACUUUCCAAUUUGACUAAAUCUACUUAAGUAUUUCGCAAAAUGCUUAGUCAAUUCGGAAAAUGCCUAUUAAUCUCUAGGUAGUUCGGACAAUUCCUGAAAAGUUUAGACAUUUCGCGAAUUGCCUGAAUUUCAGGGUUUUCCGGUAACACAUAUAUAAAAUAAUUCUGAUUUCAAAUUUUAUUAAUUGGAUAGAAUAGAUAGAAUAGAAUUUAUUUAUAUUAUAGAAGAAAAUUCCGAGAAAUUCUAUAAGUGUUUACUUAGACAAGUAAGCAUAUUUUGUUCGCAAUAUGUCAUCUUCAUCUUUUGAGUCUAACAUUAAAUACAUGAAGUUUAUAUUAUUAUCAUGUGGAUAUUGGCCUUUUGUUUCAUAUAAAAUUUUGAACAUUCAAUAUGUAAUACUUGGAAUAUUGAACACGAGCUGGACAGCAUCUCUUGUAACUAGAAUUGACUCAAUUGUAUUUAUUUUCUUUUAAGAUUUAUACUCAAACAUAUUAAUUCUUUUGAAUAACAGGUAACCAACUUUUUGAAAAAUUCGAAUGACUUCACUCUUUUCAUUGAAAAUUUUACGUUUUUUGCUGUUGCAAUAUUAACAUUAGUAACAUUUAUCAAUCAAUUAUUAACCAUGAAAAAAUUAAAAGUCAUUUUAUCAAUAAUAAUAAAUGAUUUUGAACGUUCAAAAAGCUGUAAGAAUUAUUUUAAUAUAAUGAAAAAAUCUGUAAAAAUGACAAAAAUAGUGUCCACAGUAUAUGUGAUCUAUACAGGAAUAGUAUUGACAAUGUACUUUAAUGAAGCCUGGAUUCAUGCAAUGAUUACAAAAAAUUUUUUAGCGGAAAAUGAAACAAGAAUACAGAAAUAUGCAAUUGAUGUAGAUUAUCAUUUUUUCAAUACAUCUGAGCAUUAUAUAUUUACAACUGCUCAUUUGUUCAUUGGGGGAUAUUUUUCAAUUGAGAUUAUUGUAUGUGUUGAUAUGUUGCUCUUUUGUUUUGCUGAACACACUUGUGGACUGUACAAAAUUUUAAAAUAUAAAUUAUCAAGAAUUAAUUACAAUGAAGAAACUAAUAAAAUUCUUGACGAUAUCAAUAAAAUAAAUGAAAAUAUUACUACUUGUAUAAAAGACUACUAUCAUGUGCUUGAGUUUCUCAAUAAAGUUAAUGACUAUUUUUCGACGUAUUUAUUCCUAUUGUUUUCAAUAGUAUUAUUAUUAACAACCUUUUAUGCUUCAUUGAUUGUUCUUAAUCUAGAUAAUACAGAGCUCCUAAUAAGAGGAGGACUAACAAUUAUAGCACAGCUUGUACACCUUUUUUUUAAUUGCUUAAGUGGACAAAUGAUUCUAAAUGAAUCUGAGACAAUAAACAAUUACAUUUAUUACUGCGAUUGGAAUAAUAAACCACCUAAGAUGCAAAGAAAUAUUUGGUUUUUAAUGUUAUCAGCGAAAAAAGAAACUCCUAUAAAUGUUGGUAAAAAUUUUAUCCUGUCAUUUGAAUUUUAUGCAAGCAUUAUGAAAACAAUGUUUUCUUAUUUAAAUAUUCUAAAUUCUCGAUAAUUACUAAAUUGCAUUAGUCAAAAUGAAUGUAAAAUGUUACGAAAUAUUAAUUAUUUUUAUUCUGCACUGUUAAAAAAUUGUAUUUUAUCUAAAAAUAAUGCAAUAAAAUUUAUAAUUAUGACAAUUUAAUCAUAAGAAAGUAGUUUUAUUUAUUUUACAAUGUCAUUAAAUUUUACAAUUACAAGUAAUUAUUGGAUUUAUUAUAAGUUACAGAAAUAUCUUACUUUUCAAUGGAACCAUAACAUCCUAUUAUGGAACACUCAAAUAAAUACCACCAAAAGUUUUCUAAAACUGACUGCAGCUUUCGGAAAUUUUUAUUUGCAAAUCUCGUGAAACUUGAAGUAAUUCUUCAAAGGUUUCAGUCGAGUUAAUUUUAACUUUUAGAAAAUUUUCGAUGUUAUGUUCGAGCAAA